AUGAAAUACCUCCCACUCCUUCUGGCAACAACCCUCGCCUCCACCGCCUACGCCCGCACCGACCUGGAGGGCUGCAUCUCCUCCAAAACCCACAACCAAUGGAACGAAGCCAGCAUGAUCUGGUACGUUCCCGGCACAGGCGAAAUUUGCGACAUCCCCGACUGCGGCGGCGGUCGUGCCCCGCCCAAGCAUGAUAAUCCCGCUUGUCCGGGGCUGUAUACCGGUACCGCGACCUACGAGCCGAGCUAUCUCCCCGGGUAUGGGCCUGGCGCCGCUGCAUCGACGAAGACACUGGCUGCGACGGCGAGUGCGUCGACUACGGCGGAUGCAAUGACUACAAAGUCGGCCGAGGCGAGUAGUCUGGCGAUUACCGCUGCGCCGAGUAUGACUGCCAGCGCUACGGCGACGAUGAAGACGAGUGUUAAGGCGGGAGACUCGUCCAGUGUGGCUUCGACGACGACGACCAGUUCUGCUGGGGCCACUGGGACAGGGAACGGUGCGGGGAUACUCGAGUUUAAUGUGGUUGGGGCUGUGGCUGCUGCUGCUCUGGCUGUCGCGGCUUUGUAG